AUGACCGUCUCCUACGACUACUCCUCGCGGAGCGUUGCUCCUACAUCAAUGGCUACCCUCGAAGACCGAUUCGAGGUCAUCAAGGAAAUCGGUGAUGGCAGUUUCGGUAGUGUCGCUGUCGCUCGUGUGCGGACAGCCGGCUCCAACAUUGCCCGAAGGGGGACGAUGGUUGCAGUGAAGACGAUGAAGAAGACUUUCGACUCGUUAGGCCCUUGCCUGGAACUGCGAGAAGUCAUCUUUCUUCGAACCUUGCCUACCCACCCCCACCUGGUCCCUGCCCUCGACAUCUUCCUCGACCCUCUUUCCCGAAAACUGCAUAUCUGCAUGGAGUACAUGGAUGGCAACCUCUACCAGCUGAUGAAGGCACGAGACCACAAGUGUCUGGACGGAAAGCAUGUCAAGAGCAUCCUCUACCAGAUCCUGUGUGGCCUUGACCACAUUCAUGCCCACCACUUCUUCCACCGCGAUAUCAAGCCGGAGAACAUUCUGGUGUCCACCUCGGCCCCUAACGACUCUGCAUUCAGUCGAUACUCCAACCUCGUCACCCCUCCUUCCACCCCGCCCACCUACACCGUCAAGAUCGCUGACUUUGGUCUUGCACGAGAGACUCACUCCAAAUCCCCUUACACAACAUACGUUUCUACUCGAUGGUACCGUGCCCCUGAAGUCCUCCUGCGUGCGGGAGAAUAUUCCGCACCAGUCGACAUGUGGGCUGUCGGUGCUAUGGCAGUUGAGAUUGCUACUCUGAAGCCAUUGUUCCCCGGUGGUAACGAGGUUGACCAAGUUUGGCGUGUAUGUGAGAUCAUGGGUAGCCCGGGUAACUGGUACAGCAAGUCCGGUGCAAAGAUUGGUGGUGGCGAGUGGAGAGACGGCACUCGCUUGGCACAGAAGCUGGGGUUCACCUUCCCAAAGAUGGCACCCCACUCGAUGGAAAGCAUUAUCCCGCCUCCUCAAUGGCCCGUCGCCUUCAGCAACUUUGUCACAUGGUGUCUCAUGUGGGAUCCUAAAGCCAGACCGACUUCUACUCAGGCUUUGAACCACGAAUUCUUUGCUGACGCAGUCGACCCGAUGCGCCCUAAGUCAUCGACCGCACGCCUGCUUGGUCGGAAGCAAUCUGACAAGAGUUUCAAAUCACCAACCCGUGAACCGAGCGACUCCCCCACUCUUUCGUCCAAGUCAUCGUGGUUCAGGAGGUCAUUGAUCGGAAAGUCGGAUAACAGCCCUGCUCAGACCAUGGAAACCGAGCAGGCUUCCAGACCGCCUGUUGUCUCGCACAGCACUGAGACUAAGGCAAAGCCGGCUACCACUAAGCGUGCUACGUGGGCUAACGGAGCACCAAUGCCCAUCCUCCCCUCUAUCCGCCCUGUCUCCCCCCUGUCAAAUGCCGUCACAGCACAGGCCAACUCGACUCUUGCCUACAGCGGCAACUCAAACCAUUCCGACGCUUCCAAGGCUAGCAAGAAGAUCGGCCGCCAAUUGUCUGUGAACUCCAACGGCAAUCACUAUGCCGACGCGCACAGACAAGAAGCAGAGAGAGCACUUAACGGCGGUGCAAAUGGAACUUCUACACUCACCCAGAAGGAGAGUUUCUUCUCGCAUCUGCGCAAACGCGCCCGCCGCUUAUCUGGCCGAACUCCGGGAAACGCAUCAAGCGAUGAUGUCGAGGCUAAUGCUGGCUGUAUGCCGUGGUCUAAUCGAUCGUCUUUGGCUCUGGACUCCGUCAACGCCGCCGAACAAAAGCCGCCCGCUGAUCUCUCCGAGCUGGAUAAGGCCCUGCAGAACGUGAAAUACUCCCUCGAUACGUCGACUCUCGGCAACGUUCCCGUUCAGAUCACCUCUCCCGUUGAUGGCACUAAGCGCCAAUCGAUGCCCCAAGGGUCUAUCCGCUCCAUGGGAGACAGCCCCGUUUCAACAAACGGUACUGGUGGCCCGAUCUCCAGCAGAAUGAGACGCGCAAUGCAGAUGUCUACGCACCCUGUUCACCGAUAUGAGACUCCCGAGGAGGAAGACGAGCUCUUGGAUGAGGUAUUGCACUCGGCAAGCAAAGCCGCUCGCCGUCUUGCGCAGAACCACAAGUCGUCGGAUCAGUCGAUGAACCGUCAGGUAAUGGGAAACGACCACACCCGUCCCUUGCCGAGUCCUUAUCCCACUCCUUCUCCAUCGGCCAAGUGUGACGGCGUUUCAUUCGGUCAACACGAUGCCACACCGUGCAGGCGGGACCAAAUGCAGGAUGCGAAAACAGCCCAUGUAAGCUCGACUCGCCAAUGGCCCACCCCUCCUUACGAGGAAGGCGAGUGGAACAACCCAGCUUCCUCCAGCUUCUUUUCUGCCGGAGCUACCUGCAGGUAG